CUCAACAUUCGAACCGAGUCAAGGCUGCUCGUGGGUGCUCUUUUCCAACGUGGGCAUUCACAAAAGCCUGGGCGGGCGGGAACCUAUGUCAACAACAUGGGGGCUUCAAGUUUCGUAUCUGCUCUGCAUGGGUCAUUACGGCCGUGCAGAUACCAGAAUCAGUCCAACAUAUUGGAUUCCGUUGCUAACAUGAUAUGCUAGGUCCAGCAUUCUGUGGUCAGAAUGGCCGACAUGGCGGCCCUGGCAACAACGUCCGUAUCACAGGACAACCUUGACAUCACAGGAGCCCAGGUCAUUCUCGGAUGGCGAAAGCCUGACGGUCUCAUGUGUUAUCUGCCGUCCACCGACGCCAGCUCUACUGAGACUGGCCACGUCACGUUGGAUUGCCACUUUCGUCCCUUGUCCAAUACAGCGUCGCUCAGGCUUCGGGCUCCUAUCCUCCUCAAAGGCCUAGGCCGGAAGGUUACACCCUUGUUCCUUUUCGUUGCCCCGGAGCGAAUCCAGUCUCUCGUCUACGAGCAUGUUGAGGAAAAUUCUGGCCCUGAGGUGCUCCAUGCGGCACUAGGCAAUGGGGGCAUCGCGUCGCUGCAACUGAGACUGAAACACCCUGCCGACCUAGUCGUCCCUCCUCUUGAGCCUCUGGUCCCGAAAAAGAAGGCCUACUGGGAUGUACUUGAUUCGUUGAAGAUGCUUGCCCAGGAGACCGAAUUUGUUAUCUAUGUGAAGCAGGACCGCAUGCCCUCAACAGACCGUUUGUCGCCAUUUUGUCAGGCCGUGGCGGCGGGAAGCUUGACUACGAGCACUGUACAUGCCGAUGUAUCCAGGCUUUAUGACGGCAAGGGAGGCAAGCUUCUCGAGAGCGAGAGCCUCGCUGUUCCCGCACCGGGCACAAUACACUCUCCACCAUCAUAUGAUGAGCUUACUGCUCCUCCACCAGCACUCACUAUAGAGAAAGAGCCAUCGCAGCCGUCACACCAAGAGGCCCCUGCCAGUGGUAGCAAAAAGCGGCGUAGAACAAGCAGCAGUGCAGAAGAGGCCGCCACACGUGAAAAUGCGCGAUGUGAGCCCAACGUUGAUACUGUGUAUGUCGAGGCCAUCUGCCGGAAGUUACUGGGCGAGAUGAACGCCAAGUGGCGCGAAGAAAGCGACCAGCUGCGCAGUGAGUUGCGGCAGAUGGAGACACGGAUGAAAGACUGGGUGGACGAGCGUCUGAGUGCGCAUGCGACCGAGCUCCGGGAUGAGAUGCAGCGGACGAAUGUCCAACAACAGAAUCAAGUGCAUGACGAGGUGCACGAGGCCAGACUUGAAUUACAAGAGGCCAGGGACGAGGCCCAAGCGACCGCAGAGAGGCUAGAAGAAGUCAUGGUGGAGGUGAAGGCUGUCGGAGAUGAAGUGUCUGACGUCGUAGAUGGCAGAUUAGAUGAGCGAUUGGAGCACCUCCGCGGCGAGUUGGAAGAUUGA